GCAAAAUGUAGUAGUGUGCUUAUAAAGUAGUACAUUCGUCGUAUUUUCCCUUCUGUAGCUUAAGCUUUAGCAAGUAGCUGCAUGUGGUGAACGAUCGUUCGAAAAUGUUAAAACAAAGAUGCUCAGCUGAUAUGUCUAAUCCAAACGAAGAAAUAGUGCCUAAGCGAAUUGGCAAAUUCGUCACGUUCUCUCAAGAAUGCGAUAAUCCUAAGAAAGAUCUUGAAAAUGCAAUUGUGUUUCCAAAAACCAAAGCACCCGAGAAAGUCGUCCAAGUAGAUAUUGAAAAAUAUUCCUGGUCGCCUGAAUAUCCUGAAGCUGAAGAAGUCAUAGAUUUGCCAUGUCUACAGCCCGGACUGCUCGAACGCGAGACAACGAAGUCCAACAACAAGAAUUGUAUGAUUUUUUUCAGUAGAAAAAUCGCGGAUGAUUUCCCGAAGAACUCUUCACGCAAAUCAAACUGUGAGAAGAUGAGUAAAAAUCUUUCUUGUGUAAGCUCUCAGCUGAACCCUCGGAAGGAAAGAACUACUCAGAUGAACGCGAUUUAUAAAAAAUUGAAGCUUAUUCAUCAACGUAAGCAGAUGGAUGAUCUGAUAACUCUGUGCAAAGAGAAAAUGUCUAUUUCAACAAAAGAAACUGAAAAGAUGGACGAAGAUAGCAACACUUAAAAUUGGCCAGCAAAUUCGAGUAUAGUUUAUAAUAUUUUUGUCGAUUCGUACAAAUACAUGCGAUUUUUUGAUCUACGAUAUUUUUGUUUCGCGAUGUAAAAAGUAUUAUUAGGAUAGAUAUUUCCUAAAAAAAUGCUUUUAUUUUUAUAACUUAACCGUUAAAUGAAUGCAGAAAUCUUCCGUCAAAUUAAUUAUUUCAAACACAGGUAUGCUGUCGACACUACUAUUGUAAAUACAGAUCGAUGUUAUUCCUUAAAAAACUUACGCUAGAGUAGUGAAAAGUAGUAAAUAAUAUAUAAUUCAGCGUACCACACGAAAAAAAACCCUCAUUUUUAAAUAUACGUUAUUAAUUUCUAUAUCUUUGCAUUGAAUUCGCAGAAGUAGCUUACGUUACGCGUUAGACGUUAUUUAAACUAAAAAUAAUCGUACAAAAACAAAUUGUAAAUAUGAUAAUCCUUUAAGUAUUGUAUGAACUCUGUUUAAAUAUCUACAAAUAUUAGCGACGACAAAAUUAACAAAAAAAUAAAUUAAAACAUAAUGUUAAUGGUAGUUGAUCAAAAGUAUUGUCAUUUUAUCUUUGGUUUAUACACAAAGAAAUCAAAACUGCUGCAUUCUUUCACAGCAUAAAAUUAAAUUCUACGUUUGUUUGAUAUUUUGCUAUAAAUUAAAAAUGGUUGCUUCUUCGAAUAUACAAAUACAUUUUAAAUAAAUAAAUUCUUCGGCUUUACAUUCUUUCAACAUAAGUAAUCAGUUUUUUUACAUUUUAAUUAAUACGCCUAGAAAUUUUUCUUUAAAAGAAAAAGAAACUAUUAAAUAUUCCUCGUUACUCUUAAAAAAAUCAUAUGCGUUUAUAAAAAUAAAAUCAACCCAAAGCCCUAGAACAAUAGAAUAGCCUCGCGUCGCUUCAUUGGCAGAGUGCCGUCUAAAAAUACUUGGUGGUGUGUGUGCGCGUUGGAUAUGUAUGUUGGUUCGUGUCAAGAGUAGUUGGCGCGUCGUUUGCGAAGAAUUGCGGUUCCCCGCUAUUAUGGACAUCUUCCAUUAUCGCAAAUUUUUCAUCUACGCACUAACGUUUCUGGCGUACGCAUGGUCCGGCUACGGUGCCGGCCUUCUCAGCAAUUUGCGUGAUGCAGUUUUAGCAGCGGAGACUGUUUUCUCGGAUCUAUUUGAAAAUGCCAUCACUGUUGCGCACAAGAUCAAGGACAUUCAUGAGGUGUUUGAUGCUGCUGUCGAGGAGAACUGCGUUUUUCACUGUCCGACUGGAGCCACGCCAAAAGCAGAUUGGAACCAUAGGGCGACAAGCGAUGGCUGCGGCUCCCUUGGUAUUGAAAUAAAUCAAGAAUAUCUACCACUUGAGGAGAUGACGAAAUGUUGCAACGCACACGACAUCUGCUACGAUACGUGUAAUUCGGAUAAGGAGAAAUGUGAUUUAGAAUUUAAGCGAUGUCUAUAUAAAUAUUGCGAGGGCUACCAGACGACGGGCGUGACGGUUGUGAAUACAUGUAAAGCGGCUGCGAAAUUGCUAUUCACGGGAACUACAGCGUUAGGUUGUAAAAGCUAUCUUGAUGCUCAAAAGGAGGCUUGUUAUUGUGGUAACAGUAAGUCUACUAGGAAACCCAAGCGAGCUGCUCAAACUGGCGGAGACCUCUAAUUGUAUUGUUACUGUCUUGUAAAUAAGAUUCAGAAGUUAUUUAUUUUAUAUUUUACUUUAUUAGGGCUUAUUGAGU